AUGUCGGCUGGAGAGGCGCAAGAGGGAGGGCUCGGAGAAGUCUCGCGAGAUGCCGGGCGCGGGAAGGGGGCCAAGAAUAAUAUUUCUUUACAGAUGAAGCAACUUCUUCUUUUAUCUACUAAACAGAUGUUGCCGCCAGGUACCUUAUGCCUACCUUCAAAGAUUGGCAUAUGGCUCCCUCUAAACCUUUGUCACCUUGUGCAUGAAUUUGCAGCAGGGGAAGGUGCAGUCAGGCUCAUGCUGGCAGACAGCCGGGGCUCUGGAGAUUUAACACCAUGGAAACGUGCCACCCACAGUGUUGGUAAGAGGAAGGGGAGCCAGAAGGAUCUUCGGCCCCCUGAUCUUUGGAUCCAUCAUGAAGAAAUGGAGAUGAAAAAUAUUGAGAAGCCAUCAGUCCCUGACCCUGCAGGAAGGGACUCUCCUAUUCAGAGUUGUCAAGACCUCACACCAGCUAGUCACAGCCAAUCAGAAACCCAACUGGGGAGCAAAAGUACCUCCCAUUCAGGGCAAGACACAGAGGAAGCAGGAAGCUCCAUGUCCACUUUGGAGAGGUCAUUGGCUGCACGCCGUGCCACCCGGGCCAAGCUUAUGAUUCCAAUGGAUGCCCAGUCCAACAACCCUGCUGUGGUGAGUGCCAUCCCUGUGCCGACCCUGGAGAGUGCCCAAUACCCAGGAAUUCUUCCAUCACCCACAUGUGGAUACCCCCACCCACAGUUCACCCUCCGGCCUGUUCCAUUCCCAACACUGUCAGUGGACAGAGGUUUUGGAGCAGGAAAAACAGUGAGUGAAGGACCAACCACUCAACAGCCAUCUAUCAUACCCCCAACUCAGUCUGAGCACCCCAGCAGUGAGGAGGCACCAAGUAGAACCAUCCCCACAGCUUGUGUUCGACCAACUCAUCCACUCCGCAGCUUUGCUAAUCCAUUGCUACCUCCACCAAUGAGUGCAAUAGAACCGAAAGUCCCUUACACACCGCUUUUGUCUCAGCCAGGGCCUACCCUACCCAAGACUCACGUUAAAACAGCCUCUCUUGGUUUAGCUGGAAAGGCAAGAUCUCCUUUGCUUCCUGUAUCUGUACCGACAGCCCCUGAAGUAUCUGAGGAGAGCCACAAACCAACAGAAGAUCCAGCCAAUGUAUAUGAACAGGAUGAUUUGAGUGAACAAAUGGCAAGUUUGGAAGGGCUAAUGAAACAACUCAAUGCCAUCACAGGCUCAGCCUUUUAACAUAGUGCUGAAUUGAUGAAGUGAAUUUUCCAGGAACUUUGCAGCAUACCAAUUUUCCAUAAACAGCACACCUGUGUCCAAGAACUCUAACCACUGUACAGGUCAACAUUGGGAUCCCUCCAUUACAGAAGAUCCUGAAGCAGCUCAACAAGAAUGAAUAAGCAUCCCUUCUUUCAUAGGCAUUGGGGAAUCUACAGUGAUAAUUAUGGGGGUCCCUAAACAAAAGUAAAGAUGCAUCUUCACUGCA